GUAUUAAUAAAGUAGUUAAAGUAGUUAAAUACUUUGCUUUUAAUUAAAGUCUUUCAAUAAUUUAAUGUAAAAUAUUUAUUUAUUAGAAUGUUUAAUUCAAUUAUUAAAAUAUAAUUAUAAUUUAAAGAGCUUUUCCUACAUGGAGUGCCACCUAUAACGCCACAAUUGUAUGUUUUGAGAAGAAAAAAAAGGUUCUUGAGAUAACCCGAACUGUUUUUUCUGCGGUGCCUUCGCCGCUGAUGACGACAUAUUUCUGCGACUUGUAGUUCCUGUCAGCCCAUGAGGUUUUGUUGGUGAGCUAUUUGAUUUUCAGCGUUUCUCACGUAAACAAUCAUCCCUGUGAGUGUGUAGAUUUUAUCCAAGUGUCGGACUUAGAGCGGUAAAUAUUCCAAAUACGUGUGAGUGGGAAGGCUAGCUAGCUACGUGGCUAAGUCAAAACCAGUAACACUUGUACUAGUUGUUGGAGAGAGUCCUUUUAGCGCUUCGACUGGAGUUUUUGCUAUGGCUGGGAGCAGGAUGCAACUGGAGCUGUCCCGUGUGGUUCAGGGAAGAAGUCGGCUGGGUGUCCUGAAGGGACUGGGCAGGACGGGGCAGCAUUCACUGGAGAUCCCGGGGUGUCUGCUGUACACACACUUUGGCACCGUUCCUCACCUCACUCAGGACACGCUGCACACGCUGAUCAGCCUCCCCUCUGUCACUCAGAUCACUUUGUCCCACAUAGCUGAGCACCAGGAGGUGCUGGAGGAGUUUAAGGAUGGAUUCAGAAAAUUCGCAGGUCUUCAUGAUACUGUGCUCUACUGCUCCCUUCACGACCCUGCCACGCCCAGCCCGACGGGUUACACCACCAACAAGACGGUGUCAGUGUGGGGCAGCGGUGGGCGGAUAGAACUAACAGUGGCCAAGUUCAUGGCUCUUCAGAAGACCAUACAGCCAGACUGGUACCAGAGCAUGUACGACGGAGAGACCUGGCAGAACAGCGCCUCUCGCAAACGGGUCAGAAAGUCGGUGGAUCGGACUCUCGCUCAUUUGGACGAGUGUUUGCUGGUGCACCAAAAAUCAAAGGAGUUGGAGGGUGUGGAGGUGUUUGGUGUGGUGGAGGGAGGCGACAUCCUGGAAGAGAGAGUACGCUCUGCCAGAGAGACCGCCAAGAGGCCCGUGGCAGGAUUCUGCCUGGACGGCCUCCAGACGGGCUCCAUGGACCAAACUCUGAGGACCCAGCUCAUCACUGCUAUGGUCAAGGAGCUGCCUGAGGACAAACCCAGACUCCUGCACGGUGUGGGACGACCUGAUGAGGUGCUGGCGUGCGUCGAGGCCGGCGUGGACCUGUUCGAAAGUAUUUUCCCCUUCCUGGCGACGGAGCGAGGCUGCGCUCUCUCUUUCGGCUUCGACAUUUCCACGGACCCAGAGCGCGCAGGUAGAGCGCCCCCUGCAGUGCUGGAGUUGAACGAAGAGAAGGAGACAGCAGGGGAGAGCCAGCAGAAUGGCGAUCUUAAUCGUCAUGAUCAAACACAGAUGACACCCUUUGAGAUGAACCUCAAAGAGAAAAGGUAUCAGGACGACUUUAGGCCCCUGGUGGAGGGGUGUGGCUGUUACUGCUGUAAGAACCACCAGAGGGCGUACCUGCACCACCUGCUGGUGACCAAUGAGCUGCUGGCUGGAGUUCUACUCAUGAUCCACAACACAGCCCACUAUCACGGCUUCUUCGGGGCCUUAAGAGAAGCGUUGGCCACCGAUAAACUGGACGUACUCAAGAAACGAGUACUUGGGGAUGGAGGCCUGCAGACAGAAAGAAAGGAGUAAGAUUGAUGGAAGCCAAUAGAUGCGAGAGGGAAUGAGCUGAGGGACUAAGGGGGGGAGAUCUUCUUCAGUGGAGUGACACGGCCAGAGGCAAUCAUAAGUACUAUCUUGUUCUGCCAAGUCCGGUCACACGAUGAACUGAACUGUCCUUGAGAAUGACACACUCCAUAUGUUGCCAUCUCUUUGCUUUAAAGAAGAAGAUAAAAGGAGAAAGGAGCACACAGAAAACUUUUUGAUGUUUGUGCCUUGGGUUUGUGUCCUGGUUUCACAUCUGGAGGACCACUCGCUUAAGCUAGUCUAUUGAUCUGAGCAGACAGCCAGGAGACUGCGUCAGGGUUCAGUGGCUGAGGGGAGAAAAGGCGCUUGAUAUGAGGUCAGAAGGAACCUGCAUAAAACAUAUAGUGAGGAUGGAUGGUGGUGGACUAUUGAUGACGACUUGAAACCUUAAUGCGGCCUGAUUGCAGGUCGGCAGAUGACUAAUGUCCUCUGAACUCAGUGACAUAGAAGCACAGACCAGAGGGAGAACCAAACGAGUGUGAUCAAUUGUUACAGGGGAGACAUGAAUAAAUGCCACAGUUUCUCCUGUUAUAUGUGAACAGAUCAUGUGUAAAAUAUGAUUCCAGGAAGGCUUUGUUUUUGUCAUUUCAUACCUUACUGAUCAGUCCUAAUCAAACAUUUUCCUUUUGUUUAUGUGCUUCAUGAAUAUUUAUAAUGUUGCAGUUGGAUACCUCCUCUCAAACGUGUGUAGAUUGACUUCUUGUUGUUUUCAACCUUACUGCCUAACCAGCGUCUAUGUUGAGAUGAUGCUUUGCAUUAAAGAGGACACCGGCGAGCUCUGGCUAGCUGGAGUUUUAGACUGACAGCUCCCCCCAUUCGUGCUGCUGAGAGAGGAUAAAGAUCAGAUAAAGAUACGGGGCUCUGCUGCCUCCCCUGCCAUGGUGGAGGGGGCUUUUUUUUUCUUCUUCUUUUUUUUUGUGAAGGUGAAGAGAUGUAAUUGACUGCCAGACCAUGUACACGUCUGGGGGGGGGCAGACUUGCAGAGAGGAGACUGUGACAGAUUUAUGUAACAGUAAUGAGGAUUUUAUUUACAUUGUGGAUUACCUUAACUGCAUCCAGCGUUAUGAAUGAGUAGGCCGAAGGAUUUGCCGUCGUCAGUUGGUGGGCAUAAAUGCUAAAGGCCCAAAGACAUAAAAGGGGCUGAAAAAGAUGAAAAGAUGGGUGAAGGCUAAAACAAGCGAUGACCUUCAGCCUAGGUUUAUUUUGAGGCUUAAUGGGAUGGCAGCAGACAAACUAUUGAAGAGAAGGUUGUAAAGUCAAUUCCCCUGAUUAGUUGGUAAAAAUAGGAAAUGAAUUAAAUGGCUGUUGCCCUCAUUUCCCUGGAAAACUGCUGUACAGAUAUUGAUAUCUUGCAUUAAACAAUCACAGUAGAAGUAGAAGGAAGCUAACAAAAUAGCAGUUUUCUUAUGUAAUGUGCAUUUUUUUCUCCCGCGCAACAAAUCAACCCUUGGUAAAUACGCACUAAUUACAGACCCAAGAUUUCAUCUGCACUAAUUAAGCCCUAUUGAGGCUGUUACUGUUGAUUGUUGAGUGAAUUUUCCUUUAAUGAAUCCAGACCCCAGCCGAUCUCUCAUUUUCUUGCCCUGGUUUAUUUAUUAAGCUUGUGACCUCCAGAAGUGGAACAUAAGUGAUUGCAGUAAUGAUAAGAGAGCAGCACAAUAAAUAGGAAUAUAAAUAGGAGCGUAGCAGAUGAGUUUAAACAUAACAGCUUGAAUGUGUUAAGAGGAGAAAAUGAAGGUGUAAAAGUGGGAACAGUUUGUGAAUUUGGAGUAUGUUUAAUAUCAUUUACAUUAAUACGGGUUCACACAAGGCUGCACUCUGUCCUCCAGAAUAUGCAUAAGAAAUGAGUAAUACCGUCCUUGUGAAAAAUGGAAGUGUUCAUAGGGAUUUUUAGAGUCCUGUGAAUGAACUAAAGUACACCUCAUGAUUUAGUAGCUGGUAGAAGCACCGUUAGCAGUAAUAACUUGAGGUAAUUGUUUUCUGUUUGACUUUAUCAGUUUCCCGAAUCUUUGUGGAGGAAUUUUGGCCCGCUCUUUUUUUUCUUUUUUUUCUUUUUCUUUUUACAACGUUGCUUCAGUUCAUUGAGGUUUGCAGGCUUUUAUUUACACACAGCUUUGUUCAUUUCUCACCACAGCAUUUCAGUCAGGUUGAGGUAUGGACUGCAGCUCUUUUUAUUCUUUUAUUUUUAAGCCAUUCUGUUGUAGAUUCGUGCUGUGUUUGGGAUCGUUGUCCUGUUCUGUGACCCAGUUUCAGCCACAGUUUCGAUGUCUGACCGACAGCCUCACACUCUGUAUUAUUUUGAUAUGCAGAGGAGUUAAUGAUCGAGUCUGCAAGGUGCCCGGUUUUUUUUCUCAAACACAGUGGUCUGAAUACUCCAGAUCAGCAAACUGCCAAGACUUCUCCUUUUAUAGAGGCGCUCACACUUGCUGAUGAUCAGUUAAGAAAAUGAUCUCAAUUAUUAACACCUGGCUGCUACUGACCCUCUUAAUUCCUAUAGAAGCAGUAAAUAUGUAUAUUAAAGUUGGUAAUUCAGUUGCAGUGGCUUGUUAUUAACUACAGGAUCCGCAGUAUGAUUCUGAUUUUGUCUCUGCAUGGAGGAGCACCAGCAAUCAUCAGUGAACUUUUACAUCCAUACAUCCCCAGCAGGUCUCUGGGGUCAUGUGAUCAGGCUCUGCUGGCUGUGAGAACUUUUUGCAUCAGUGGGCCCCCCAGACUCUGGAGCUCUCUCCCUCUGAGCCUGAGCUCUUCAAUAAGCAGCUGAAAACUACUCGCCUUGUCUUUGUCAUGUUUUUAAAAUUGUAUAAAUUAAAGUUUUACUUUACUUACUGUGGGUCUCAUGUAGUGGAAAAUAUGGUGCUGUAUAUUCAAACACUGAGGGAUGAGCGUGUGUUUGGGCAUGUUGCUUUAAAGCGAGGUUUUGGUUUCCGGCAACUCUUGGGAAAAUUAUCCAGCUGUUUAGAUGCUUAAUGCUGUGCCAUGUUUAUCAGCCAGCCUGCUCGGUUAGCAGCACAAAAGUGAAGAGAGAGACUUUUAAUGGUUUGUAUAGUCUGGUGAUAACUGGAAAUUUAUUACAGCUUAUCUUAAAUGUUGACUGGUGCUGUUUUAAACUGGCUAUGCUGCAAAGAAGCUGCAUAACAAUGGCUUUAAUUUGAAAUUUGCACUUAUAGCCGUUAUCUUAGUCGAAUGCAGUUUAAACAUUCGCUGUGGAUAUUUAGUUACAUAAAGUAAGAGCCAAGAUAAUCCGACCACAAUAUAAUCGAUCUCGUACUGCACAGGAGUUAAUUUCCUCUGAGGAGUUUUACAGAGCGGGGCUGAUGGUAACGCUUAUGCUGGUUCCCUGUGUGCCUCUUUCUCUGACAUUGGUUUCCAUGUAAAAGAGCUCUGAAUGACAGAGUCAGCAGGUGGUCCUCAUAGCUCAUUUCAACCAAUUACACAGAUGGAGAGAACCAUUCAGGCUUGAUCGCUACAAGUAUCUUUCUUCCUCUCCGCUCUUCUGGACAAGGCUGCAGCGUGAGCCGGGCAGAGCAUUUAUCUCACACUUCACACGGCAGCUGGAUUGUUAUCUGCUGUCAUGACAGCACAGCGUUAAAAAAAAAGAAAGAAAAAGGAGUGAGCUCAGCUGCUCUUGCGAAACAACAUGGCUUUAUGACAACGUCUCAUAAAGCCAGCGGCGUGAGGUGUGGUGGGUGUUAUUGUGGUUGAAAUGAUGGCCAGCAGAGGGGCUUAUGUGUGGGGGAUUGUGUUGUUAGAGUGUUUUCAGAAGGAAGACAGUGACUGCAUUUGUCGCUUAUAAAAACCAGUGUCCGUAAUGAAACGGGAGCUUAAAUCUUUGGUUUGAAAAAAGAGCUUUGGUUGUCUGAGCCAUGGGUGGAUUACUGAAAAAGCCCACUGGGCACAUGCCCAGGAGCCACCUGAACCAGUUAAAAAGCUCUGAAUAUUUCCUGUAGGAAAGUCAAACAACUUUCAAAGGGAUGCAAAAUGACUACAAAGAGACCAAUAACACAACUACAAAGAGAUGCAAAAUAGGCACAAGGGGAUUCAGAAUGAUUACAAAAAGACAUUUUUUUUCUGCUUGGCUUCUGUGUAAAGAGAGGUGGGUGGCCUACAUUUCAGUGCCCAGGAGCCCGUUAUCUCGAUUUGUUCAGGGCUCCAGUUCGUUCUUCAAGAACAAGGCUGGUGAUUUUCUCUAUUUUCUUUAUUA